AUGGCCCCAUAUGGAAUGUUAUAUGGAGGAAAAUUCAGGACACCCCUACAUUGGGAUGAGGUGGGGGAGAAACAGAUUCUAGGUAGAGAAGCAGUGAGAGAGGCCACUGAAGUAGUCGCCAAGAUUCGGCAGAGGAUGUUGACUGCUCAGUGUAGACAGAGAAGCUAUACAGAUCUUAAGAGAAGAGAGUUGGAAUUCUCUUUAGGUGAUCAGGUGUUUUUGAGGGUCUCACUUAUGAAACGGGUCAUGCAUUUUGGGAAGAAGAGAAAGCUAAACCCAAGGUAUAUAGGUCCAUUUGAGAUUUUGGAGAAAGUUGGGCAAGUUGCUUAUCGCUUGACUUUACCACCAGCACUCGCUGAGACGUAUAAUGUGUUCCAUAUUUCCAUGUUGAGGAAGUAUGUACCCGUUCCCUCCCACGUGUUGAGUUAUGAACUAUUGGAACUGAAGCAGUACUUAAGUUAUGAUGAGCAACUAGUUGAACUCUUAGAGGCAGGAGUCAAGGAAUUGAUGUUAAAGAAGAUUUCGCUAGUGAAGGUCCUGUGGAAGAAUUGUUCAACUAGAGAGGCAAUCUGGGUAUUGGAAGAGGACAUGAGGGAACGCUACCCCGAGUUGUUUGGUAAGGGACAAUUUCAAGGACGAAAUUCUUUUUACGGAGGGUAG